AUGGGUUUUUCCUUGGGAAGCAUUACACCAACGGAUUAUCAUUCCCCUCGCGGAAUUUCUCAACACAGAACUGAGAAAUUUCUGCAUUCUAAUCAGAAAUGGAGGGGCAAAGUAAGUUUCCAGCAACCAGAGUUGAAGCCUCGACCUGUCAAACUCAUCAGCUGCAAAUCUCAGUGCGUUGAUUUUGCAGAAAGAGCAAGCCCAAAUGAGGUGAAGAAGGAAAUUGAAGAAUGCUACAAACUUAUACAUAGGCUUGGCAGGGGCGUUGUGUACUUGGGUUCUUCUAGGAUGGGAAGUAGUCAUCCUCACUAUGCACAAUCGUUCGACUUGGCAAGAGAGGUUGCAGGCCUCUUAGAUUGUACAACAUGGUCUGGAGCGGGGCCAGGGCUCAUGGAUGCUGCAACUCAAGGCGCUUUGAAAGCUCGCAAACCUGUUGGUGGUUUUAAGAUAGGAAAAGAGGCUGGAGAAUGGACAUCUUCUAAUUUUCAUCCAUAUUUGCCUCCGGAAACGUAUCUAACUUGCAGGUUCUUCUCGGCAAGAAAACAUGGUUUAGUGGAUGCUGUUGUUAGGGCUCGUAGUUCCGAUAGAACAGCAGUGAUUGCCCUUCCUGGGGGGAUUGGAACUCUAGACGAAAUAUUUGAAAUCAUGGCUUUAAUUCAACUAGAAAGAAUAGGAUCGAAGCUUCCAGUACCCUUUCUUCUGAUGAACUAUGAUUCAUUUUACACCAAGUUGCUAGAGUUUCUCGAUGAUUGCGAGCACUGGGGUACGCUAUCAAAGGGCGAGGUUUCAUCACUUUGGAAAGUCUGUUGCAACAAUUCAGAAGCUUUGGAGUAUUUGGCAGAGUUCUAUAGCCUUCCUUUCUCUGACAUUAAACUAAAAAGUGGAUCUUGUGCAAGUGCUUGA